AUGUCUUCUCGUCCACUAUGCCUGGUUUGGUCACCUCACGAAGGAUCCAAUCAAUUUUUGGUCGAUUCUAAUAAUGAUUUGAGGUUAUAUGAAUAUAAUCCAAAGGAGCCGGAGGAUUUGAAUUUUAAAACUAUAGUCCUUCCCGGCGAUCCUUCUAAAUUGACGUGUUUCGCGUGGUCUUCCGAUCCAACCUGCAGGGGCCUCAUAGCCUCGGGUUAUACGAAUGGCAAAACCUUCAUUGGAAAUUUCUAUGAUGGGAACGAGAUUUUGACAAACGCAUCUAUGAGAUUCUCUUCUCGCCAACACUCCUAUGACACAUAUACUGUUAAGCCCGCUAGAACGUGUAGUGUUGUGGCGUUCUGUCCUGUGGAACCACGUCUUUUAGCGAUGGGAUAUGAAAGGUGGAAAAAUGAAAAUUCUCUGUUGAUAUUGGAUCUCGAAAAGGCCAAAUGUAUAAAUCAUUAUGAAAACAGUAAAGAUCACGACAUACAAAACUCUCUUGGUCCUACUAGGAACGGAAGUGUCAAUGGAUUGAAUUUACAAAGUCGAGGAAUAGCAGCUACAGUGGAUAGCCAAGAGGAAUUUCAUACUAAUGCGAUACCUACGAGAGCUGUUUACGGACUCACAAGAGACCCUCAUCGUGAAUAUCGUAUUGCUAGUUAUGACGAGGGAAAUAUUUGUAUAUGGGACGAGCGUAAAACCCCCGAUCCAAUAUCCUUUUUGGAAUUGAACAAAGUCCAGUCAGAUCUCAUUUUCGAAAAUACGUCCAGAUCACCUCUUGCGUCAACACAACUAAACAGGAAUUCUUCUCUCAGCGGCAUUGACUCAAAUAGGGUGCUGAACGAAGGUUCAUCUGCAGGAUCAGCAACUUCCGAUUUAAGUCUGGAUGACGAAUCUAGCAUUCCGAGUAUAUGGAAAUCUAGGCAGGUCAAAGCUAUCGAUUCAUCAGCAAACAUUUCUUUGUUCUCGUGGAUACCGACCUCCACAACAAAGUCAAGCAAUCAUUUCAUGGGUGUAAAUAAAGACACAGAGUUGAGGGUUUUAUCCGUGGAAGAAGCUCCUUUAUUCAAUUGGGGACCUGGAGGCAAUGUAGCUAUAUACGACAUGGUUCAUCUGAUCGAGCUCAAUCAGAAGCCCUUCGAAUCCGUGGAAUGUCGUGAUACGACAAAUGGGCAUCCUAUUAAGCAGAAUGAUCCGUUGGUCAAGGGCGACACUGGAAAUCGUACACCACGAUCCGAAGAUUUGAAAAAGGAUUCAAGUUCCAUCGUAAGACGACAGUCCAAAGACAUAACGAACCCGAAUCAGAAACCGAAAGUUGUGUUGUUUGAAGAAAUGGAUGAUGAUAAGUUAGAAACAUUGAAAUUUAUACAGGAAGAUAUUUCUAUGGUGAUGCGCAAACGGGCCAUGGCUGGGUAUUCUAUGGACUGUCAAGUGAAUGAAGAUCUUGUGAAGGAGUUACCGGCGUUAAAAUCAUUAUGGAACUGGAUGGCUUUGGCUGAAAAGCUUGCAGAUGGAAAAGAAGCAAUAUUUGAGAAUGUUGAAUAUAAUUAUCAUGGUGUUUAUUCAGUGUGGACAGAAGGAGAGGAUUCCAGAACCCCAAAUGACAACGACAUGAUAAUGGUCCCCACUUCCAAAUUACUGCAACGAAAAUUGUCAUUGGCCAUAUGUGGGUGGGGAUUUGGAAAAAGUGAGUUAGAGAGUACGCUUCUCAGAAUGGAAAAGGCCGGUAAUUUCGAAAAAGCCGCAGGUUGGGCCCUUUUCCAUGGAGAGACGGAGAGAGCCGUAAAAGCUUUGGGCAAUAGUCAAGAUGAACGAUUGAAAUUAAUGUCAACCACUCUUGCCAGCAUUGCUUUGAAUAAAAAGGAAACUCGAGAGAAUCCGCUUUUACAAGAAAUAUGCAAAAGGCUAAGCGUUGAGAUGGAUGAUCCUUAUUUGCGAGCAAUAUUUUCAUAUAUGGCUUCCGGUCAAUGGGAUGAUGUACUCCGAAAAGAUGAAAUUGGAUUACAAGAUCGUAUUGGCAUAGCAUUGAGAUUCCUGGAUGAUGAUAAGCUGAGCGCCUAUUUGUAUGAAACAGUCGAGGCUGUUAAAAAAGCCGGAGACAUUUUUGGAGUAAUCUUGACGGGAUUAACUCCUGACGGAAUAAUAUUAUUUGAAAAUUAUUUGAACAAUACUUCUGACGUUCAGACCGCGAGCUUGGCUUUUAGUUUUUGUGUGUCACGUCGUUACGCCGAUAAACGAGUCAUCAAUUGGAUUGAAAAGACAUUAUUGGAUAAAUGGAAGAUGUUUCAUUGUCGUGCCAGAUUUGACAUUGCCCGCGGUAAAAAGAUGAGUUCCUCGGAGGCAAUGGAACCCGUACCAGCACAGGUGUAUGUUCGAUGCAACAAGUGUAAUAGUAGUAUUGCGUAUAGCCUUCACAUACCCGGAGUAAAAGGGAGGACGAUAAUGCCAACCUAUCCUUCGAAUCACGGAGCGCAUUCCAGGCCCAAGGCAUGA